AAGACGACGCCGUUUCAUUCACAAAUUAAAUAAUUAAUCAAUCUCUCCACCGUUUGCCCGACGGAGCUUCGCGCAACCAUACAAUUCAUCAUUAGUUGAUACCAAAUCUAGAAAAAAAACCUAAAAACAACUUGAAAUUGAAUGCCUUGUUGUUUUCACAAAUCCUGUUUUGUAUUGAAACAUUUCUUCGUUUUGUUUGUUAAUGGAUCUAGCCAUUAUUAAUCUGCGUUAGCUAGGGUUUGGUCCAGUACGGUGCUUUUUUGGGGUUGAGCCUUCUGCCUCUUGCUUGAUUCGUGUUUUUUAAUUAAAGGGUGGUCGUAAUUCUUUUUCCGGGGAAGAAUGGCGUCGAGUUUUGAAAGAUGGGAAAAGGAUCCAUUUUUCCCUGCUGCCGAGGAAGUUCAGGAAUCUGCCGACAGGAUGGAAUCGACGUAUAGAACUUGGAUUCAUGCAAUGAAGGAUACCGAUGGUGUUUGGAAGUUGGAUGAGCUACGAAGAGAUCUUCGAACAACACUGGGAACAACCAAGUGGCAGUUGGAAGAAUUUGGGCAAGCUGUUAGUUCAAGUUAUACUAAUAGCAAUUCAAAUGAAGAUGAAAGAGAUAGGCAUCGAAGUUUCAUUGUCGCAAUCGAGAGUCAGAUAGACAAAGUCGAAAGUUCUUUAAAUGAAUCAGCCGCAUCUCAUGGCAAGCCACCGCUGCCUUGGGUGAAAUUAGAUGAAGGAGAGCGAAAUGAGCUUGCAUUGUUUCUUUCAGGACCUUCGUCUUCUCUAAAUAAAGCUUCAGGAAGAAUUCAUAGUAGAGGCCAGGGAGCGAAAAACUCAAAAGAGGAUGAUCGACCUACAAUAACUGAGUGUUCAAGAAGUUCGUCUCAUUUGGUUGAAUUGUGUCAAGUUCAAGUAGAGGGUAAGGAGAAUAGUCCUCCUGGGCAUCGAAGGACAGCCAGCGCGAGCGCUGACAUUGAAUCUUGGAAGAUUGCUGUGGCGGAUGGUCAUUCUGCUCAGGAUGUAUCAAGUGUAAAACCCAAUCGUCAACCACAAAAGAUACCAAGUUUCUCAGGGUUUUUAAGUUCCAUGGAAUCCUCCAUGUCUCAAUUGAAGUGGUCUAAGAAUGGCUAUAAGAAGCUAAAGCACACAGAUCGGCUCCAAGAAGCUGAUUCGAUGCCACCCAGAUCUCAGAAUUUGGCUAGAGGCGUUAACAUAUGUUAUGAGAAGAGCAAGAGUUGCCUUGAUGGUUGUGAUGAAUAUUAUGACAAGCAACUAUAUGGUUGGUCUGGGGCUAUACAGAGACAGCUUCAGAGGUCCCAAUAUUACAUGCAGUAUAGUCGUUCUGUUCAGGUCUUCUGUUCCAUGUUUCUCAUCCUUUGCGUGCUUGUGCUAUUUGUUUUACGCUCAAUCUGAAGAUGACGACAAGCUCAUACCAUCAUUCCAAUGCAGCAAUUCGCCUAUGUCGAAAGCUAGAGUUGCUGAUUAAUUCUUUUUAAGGUGUUGCCCGGUAUGGAUUGAUGCAAAACAAUGUGUAUAUGGUUUCGCCCACAGGUUUAUCUUCAGGUAGCACCAUAUUAUCAUCGAUAAUAUCAUCAGUUAGGGCGACAACAGGUUUUGUUCUCUUGCACUGUUUUUAGUUCUAAUUGUAGCCAUUAGAAUUCGCUGUAUUGCUUCUACACUGAGAGCUCCCAUUGUAACAUGCUGUUGUAUUAUUGUCU